UAUUGUUCCAAUUCAUUCUCUCGUUGUUGCUCUGUUUCUCUCGUCUGCUAAUAUCAUCAAGUUCAUCAUUCCUUCAUGGAGACUAUUGAAUUGAAGGUAGAGAUGGUAGGCAUACAUGAGAAGAGACUGCGGAAGUGCCUGUCCAAAUUGAAAGGGAUAGAGAAAGUAGAAGUGGAUGCAAAUAGUCAGAAGGUGGUUGUAACAGGGUAUGCACAUCGGAACAAGAUACUUAAAGCAGUGAGAAGAGGCGGUUUGAAAGCUGACUUCUGGUCUGCCCAAAAUGAGCUACUCAGUGCAUAUGCCAGUGCCAGUUACGGAAGCUUGAGAUUCAACAACUUCAGCUUGUUCUAGAGAGAAACAAAGAC